GUUUCAUCGCAGCUGCAGAUAAACGGAACGGAGGCGAGGACGCAACAGCGCGUCACCCACCACCGUCACACCGUCACAGCACCACAAGCACAAGCACACAGCGACAAGCGUCAGCGUCAGGUCAGCUUCGGCGUCUACAGAUUCACGGUGCACAAUGCCUCCAGUACUGAACACUUAUGGUGUUAAGAAGAAAAAACGUGGCCGCUUGCCAAAAUUUUUGUUUGAGGAAGAUGCAGAAAAUGAUGAUGUGUUCGAAUCCCUAAAUAUCGAAAACAUUAAAGAGACCAAAGCAUUGCUGGUAGAAAAACGGAGACCGAAAUUGAAGAAGAAAGAGACUGUGAAGAAGCCUUUCUAUUCCUUGGGGCUCUCUGAUGAUGCUGAUUCGACCUUUGAUAGACUUCUCAAGGAAGGACCUACUCAAAGCUUACCUUCUCCACCCAAAUUUUCUGACUCUUCCACGUCUUCAAAUGAUUCUGAUGAAUUUGAAUUUAGGAGGCUGUCACCGAAGAAAACUUUAGGAAAGAAACAGACUAAUAGAAAUUUUAAAUCAGUUGUGAAGACUAGGAAGGUAUCUGAAGGAAGAGGGAGAAAGAAAUUAAAGAAAUCAGUGGAGGAUAGCUUCUUUACCAAAGAUGAAGAGGGUGCAGUCAAGCUAAGGAAGGAAGCGAAGGGGGAGGACAGCUUCUUUACAAUGCGAAAUGUUAUUCAGAACGCUGGUCGACAACAUAAGAAUGUUUGUAAGGAAUCGUAUGAGACCACCACUCCUAUGCUUUCAAAACGAACAAAGAAGCAGCUUGAAGCCUUGUCUCCGAUACUUCCUAUUAACUUAACAAGCACACCUGUUGGAAAUAUGAUUGGCAAACAUUUUGAAUCCCCUUUAAGCUGCAGGCUCUCGCCAGGUGAUGCUGCAUUUAUGCUGAAUGAGUCUGCAUCGGUGAGGAGUGCUGCAAAUGUCAGUGUGGACAUGUUUGCAUCUUGUGAGCUGGAGGAGAAUCAGAACCUCAUUGCGCCUGAUAAAGCUUCGAGUGAGGACCAUCCAAGUUCCCCUGAGCAGAGUAUGGCAAACAUUCUGCCUGUCAGCAACAGCUCUCUUGCCAAUCACGUUGAAUGUGGCGUCAAUCUCUCUGGGAACUGCUCAAUGUCUUCAGUAAAUGGAUGCCAAGACUCUGAAUGUAAGAAGCCGACUGAUACCCAAAUUUGCGUUGCUUCUGAUGAGUUUGGGGAUGGCGCACAUGAAUGUGGUAUGUCCUGUGAGCAGGCUACAGCAAGUGCUUCAAAUAUCAGUCGUAGCUUUCAAGAUUUUCCUGAAAAGUGUGGUAAUCUUUCUGGAAAUAGCGCGUUGUCGCCGGGUGAGGACUCCAAAUGUAACAGAUCAGUGUCCAAACAAAUUGAUACCCCAAGUUUGAUUGUUGUAGAUGAAAAUGAUGGUAUCUCACAUGUUGAUAUUACGGGGUAUGCUGACAGUGACAUGUCUGGUCAUGAUGCCAUUGUUGAUGACGUAAAGACAUCUUCAUUACGAAGAGAAAUUUGUUCAGAGGAAGGGGAAGAAAUAGUUUCCAGCAACACUUCUGACCCUUCAAUUAAAGACUGUGUAGUCAUGCUAUCUAGGUGUGACUUGACGGGACAGCCUGUCUUGUGUGUUGAUACCUCGCCUAUGGACUCAUCCAACUCCCACAACAGGACUGAAGACUUCAACAUUUCCCAAAACAUUUCAUGUCAGAAUGAUGUCAUUUCUUCCUGUCAUCAAGCCUCACCAAAUAUUAUACCUUUGAAGCAAUGUGAGGUGCUGCUACAUAGAUGUGAUGCUGAACAGUUUGUUGGGACCCCAUUUUCAGUUGAGACUAUGGAUUCUAGCAGUUGCCCCGUGCUUGUACCUCACAAAACUAAUGAUGUUUGUAAUUAUAAGUCAGAGAUAGAUCCUCGUGUGCCUUUUGAUUGCAAGAUAACAUUGACUCGGUGUGAUAAUGUAGAAAAAGAUAAUUCUGAAUUUAGCUCUACAGCGAUAUGUAGUCCAUCAGGAAGUUUGAUCCCAGAAGCUAAUUGCGAGUCAUUUGUUGGAUUGUCAUGUGCUAGACCAGAUGAGAGACGCAGUACUACACCAGAGCCAGUUGUCUUGAAACCAGGCAAGCACUGGCGUAGGUCUCUAUCUAUUUUAACCAAAUUCAGAAACAGUUUAGAUGAGCCUAGCAGUAGAAAAUCCCUUGAAGGUAAAAGUAAAGGAAAACUCUGGGAAUCCUCUGUCAACUCCCUCAUGCAGUUACAGCCAAAUAGAGAAGAAGUCAUUCUUGAAGAUUUCGAGGGUAGUGUCAGUUCUUGUCACACAAACGAAUCACAGCGCAAGGAUUUUACCCACUCCGACGAAGAUGAUUCUGUCAUUAUCUGUGAAGCAUCAUCUCGAACUGACAAUGUUACAAGUUAUGAAGUCUUGAGCAGAUGUGGGCAGGAAGAGCCCCUUCCAUUCCUUGAUUGUUAUCCUAGUAGUAUGAAAGAACAGUGCCAAAAAAUUGGAGAGGGUGUUUACGGGGAAGUAUUCCUGUAUUCUGGAAACCCUGUAUCAGUUAUUAAAAUAAUACCUAUUGAAGGUAAAAUGGAAGUCAAUGGGGAGCCACAGAAAACAUUCAAGGAAAUAUUCUCUGAAGUUUGUAUUGCUCAGGAACUGAGUGACCUUAGGAAAGGCACUUGCAAUGCUACUUGGACAUUUAAUGAAGUUCAAGCUAUUCGUUGUGUGCAGGGGUCUUACCCAGCUUGGCUUCAAGAUUUGUGGCAUAGCUAUAAUGAUACCAAAGGCUCUGAAAAUGACUGUCCAGACAUGUUCCAAGAAGAUCAGCUGUUCAUUGUUUUGGAACUCCGCCAUGGUGGUAAAGAUUUGGAAAGCUUUGUAUUUAGCUCUGCUGACCAAGGACUUGCCGCUUUUAAACAGAUUGCACUUACAGUAGCUGUUGGGGAGAACGCUUUAAAUUUUGAACACCGUGACCUUCAUUGGGGCAAUGUGCUUUUAGCUAGUACAAAAACUAAGGCAGUCGAUUUUGUGCUGAAUGGAGAGGCUCGGAGUGUUCUCUCAAAGGGUGUCGAGGUUUCAAUAAUAGAUUUUACACUCAGUAGAAUCAACAAUCCUGACACAAGAAGUGCUGUGUACUACGAUCUCUCUCAGGAUGAAACCCUGUUCACUGCUCAAGGAGAUUAUCAGUUUGAUAUAUAUAGGAUGAUGAAAGAUUAUUGUGGGAACAAAUGGGAUGGUUUCACUCCCAAGACCAACAUAGCAUGGCUUCAUUACCUUCUUGAUAAAUUCUGUACGAUGGUUCGCUAUAAGAAUAGGACAAGCAAAGUUCAUACCAGUGCCUUAGAUACACUUAAUGAAAUGAAAGAUACUGUUUUAAUGUUCAGUGAUGUGGUCUCAUUUGUAAAUUGUCCCCUUUUUUGUAAUAAGUAACGUUCUCUCUUGCGCUGCUCAAUCAUGUGAAUAAACUACCAGUGAAUUUUGUUCA